AUGUUGGAGUCACGUCGGGACGCACCUUUCGGAAUGGAUAUGACAAUACACACCCAAUUUGAAAGAGUCGUUCUCCAAAUUCUUGAUGGAAUUAAGCAUUUGGAUUGCAUUCUAAUGCAUCCAGGACAAACCGAUUCAAAUGAGUUGGUCAAUGAUUUUCGGUCUUCGCUGGAAGAUGAGAUGAAAUGGUUUGAGGAAAAAUUAGAUCAUAUAGAAGAAAUGAUAGAUAUUGUGUCGGAGGAAGUAUGGCUGGGGGAAGCAUUUGCGGAUGAAAUAAGAGAGUUAUCGAAUUUGCAGAUCAAACAAAAGAGUGAUCGAAAUCUGAAUUUGUCUGGAGGAGUAGCCAAAAGUGAGCGGUUUCAAUCAGGAAAUAGAAAAGGAUAA